GAUACAAUGAGCAGACGACUUAAGUGCCAGCUGGAAGCAGCACUCCUGGACCCAUUCAGUAAUCAGCAGCAUACAUCACGACCAUGUGGCACUACCUUGGAAUCUUGUGCCUGGUGGCAUCUUCUAACGCUCUGUAUGCCUGCGUAAACGACGACGAGGCGAUUCAAGACGCGUGUCCAGGAGGAUCAACGUGGAACUGCAGAAUAUUGUCGUCGAAAAUUUGUUGGGAUAUGUUCCUUACAAUGGCUCUAUGGAACCAGUGGGUUUAAAAUUCCCUGUCGCUCUCGACUUUCCCAGCAUCACAGUCACUGGACAUUGCUCUUUAGAUGGAUGGCUCAACGGUGGACAAUUGUACGUUAAGGGGUCGGGAGAUAUCAAAUUUUCUCUUCUCGACACAUCUAUAUACCUGGAAUUGGAUGCUGGUGUCCACAAUGACUCGACACUCUUUUUGGAGUGUGUUGCCCUUGACUACAAUGUUGGUGGCGCCGAGUUUCAUCUGGAAGGUCUAAUCGGUGAUGGCCCCUUUGGAGACCUCCUCAACAAAGUGCUCGAUGUCGUCGUCCCAGCCGGACUGAACAAGGCCAAGGAGACGCUCAUGGGAAAUGUGAUAUGUCCUUUUAAAAAUGUAGCGAACAGUUACUUAGCUAUUCAGAGGAAAACACUGACUGAUUUGUUUUGUGCUAUUGGUGUCACGACGCUUUGCCCUUAAGUUUGGCGUUUACAGUUUGUGCAUUAUCAAAUAGAAAUCUUCUCGGUUUUCUGGACGCGUCACUUCGAAUGAAAUGACUUCAAAACUGAGAUGAUGAUGUUCAGGUAUAUAGUUGUAUGA